AUGGAAUUUCAAGGAGACUUCGUGGAUUCCUCUGUUCUGGACUUGGUUACAGAAGUUGAUUUUGCCCUCGGAUCACCAGGGUCGGGGCAGACACAACCCAGCUCGGAGCACGGUGUGGAUCUAUGUGACAGGCUGUGUGAUUUUGCAGAGAUAGAGACGUUUUCCCAGGAAUCGGUUCCCUUUGGAGAGGACAGGGUGCAGCUGGCUCGAUUUGGAGACCAUUCCACAUCAUUCAAGAUGGGAUCCCUCACCUCCCUGAUGGUCAGACCCAAAAGGAAGCGGGUGAUCACCUGUGCCCAGCGACAGGCUGCCAAUAUAAGGGAGAGAAAACGAAUGUUCAGCCUCAAUGAAGCCUUUGAUCAGUUAAGAAAAAAGGUGCCAACUUUUGCCUACGAAAAGCGACUGUCUAGAAUUGAGACGCUACGCUUAGCAAUCGUUUACAUUUCCUUUAUGACUGAUAUUUUGAACAAUAAUGAAAAGGAUUCAGGCUCUGAGUGA